CAAGCUUUUAUAGGCCUAUCUCACAUACGCGGCCCUACAUAGUUUACGGGAAAGUCGACGUUACGAGAGAUCCGCAAAUGCGUAUCUCGGAGAUGGAGGACGCGGUUACAUGCGCCGUUUGUUCCGAAGUGUACGUAACUGGAUCACGGGACCCUCUCGUGCUUCCGUGCGGCCAUACCCUCUGCCGUGCUUGUGUCACUUCAGUCAAGAACGCAGCCACGGAGAAACCCUUGUCAUGCCCCAUCUGCCGAACGUGUCAUCCAUUCUUGUCAAUUUAUAGCCUUCCUGUCAACUUCAGUUUGCUGAGCCUGUCCACGACUUACCUCGACUAUCAGGUAGAGCACUGUGCAGAACACGGGGAACCCUUGACCUACUGGUGCAGGCACUGCCGAACAGGAGUGUGUGGACUCUGCCUCCUGACGGGGCACCUUCGUGAUGGACACUCCGUAGUCACAACGGCCACGCUCUUGGAGGAGAAGAAGGAGGGCUUUGGUUCCGACGCGGCCACUGUCAUUCAUGAGGCGAGAGAACUUCAUCAGAAAACCUCGUUUCACUUCAAGACUGCUCUUGUAAGGCUCAUGUGCCUGAGUGUGGCGAAUGAAAGCCUGCUGGAGAUGGAGGAUACGGUCACAACGCUGCAGGAAAAGGUUCAGAAAGCCAAGAAUAUUGAUCACGUUCUCAUGCACGAGGCUCACCUGAAAGAACUGUUACCAACACAAAAAAUUACAAACUUGUUGAGUGAAACAAAUAUAUCCGAGUCUCGUGUUCCUAUAAGCACCACCAGUGAACGCCUGAACGUGUCGCCAAUGCCUGCUAAUACUUCUGGCAUGCAAGACUCGGACAGCGAUACGUCGAAUCGAAGCGGGUGCUCUACGCCUUCCACCAACGCGAACAUGAGUCUGCGGGAGUCGUUUGUGGCCAGUGGCUUCAUGGAGCAGUCCCAGCCGAGAACCGGCGGAGGAACCGGUCUCGGUGGGUUAAGUUGCCGGGUUCACAUGGGAGACGGCCGUCACGCCCACCUGGCGUGGCAGGACGACCAUCUCUUGCUUUAUGCUCUCGCUGCCGCUGGUCCGGAUCCUCAGGUGCUAAUACAGUUCUCGGCGCUCGAGGGCCUCCUGGAGAGCGAUCGCCCCGUGGUAUUCCUGGAGCUCUCGGCCGGCGGGCUCCACCUGGGCCGCGUGUACAUACGGCUGCGCGGCCACAUGCGAAGGGCGAAACAGUUCCUGGCGCUCUGUCUUGGCACACUCGGGGCAUCGUUCGUCGGCUCCUUCUUCUCGCGGGUCAAUGACAAGGGCGAGCCCGGAGAGACGCUCAUCGGGGGCAAGUACUACUGCCAGCAGGAGAAGCGGUUCGUGGCCAAAGGCUUGAUCGACAGCCUGGAGUGGGGAGACGAGCACGGCGACGCGGACAAGGCGGGCUACCUGGCGGACUACAGCGACGGCAACUCCAAGCACGACACACUCUUCGGGAUCUGCACGAGCGACAACCCGGGGAUGGACCUGGUGAUCCCGGUGUUCGGCGAGGUGACGGCAGGGCUGGAGGUCGUGUCCGCCGCCGCCAGCCACCAGCCCGUCACGGACGUCACGAUCACUCAGAGCGGGUUGGUGAUCCCGACCCGGCCCCCGCAGGACCCCCUCUGCUCCGGGAUGGAUUCGCUGUCGCUCGGGUAGGCGCUCGGCGGGAAAACUUCGCAUCUAGUCUGCUGCGCUUCAGUAUGGCUUCUUGCUUCACUGGAGAAGGAGGGAGUUUGACGCCUUGUUAAAAUGACUAGAAGAAAAGUGAUCUGAAAUUAUAUUGCAAAUUUAUUAUAUUUCCUUUUCUACUGUAAUCAUUCGAAGUUUGAUAUAUAUUGUGCAGGGAAAGGGUGUCUGCAAAACGGAUAGUUUCAUUUAUAAUGUAAAAAAACACAAAUAAACUGAAAAAAAGGCCGUACAAAUGUACAUAUCAUGGAAUAUCUGCGACAAAACGCUGCUUUAUGGUACUUACCUCAUGACCAGACACAAUUGAACUUUCAUAUGGCCAUAAAAUCUUCCUUUCUAUAUUCAUACGCCCGGUUUCAGCAAUUUCACUGUUAGUGUCAAGUUCCUGAAAACAUUAAGACAACAUGAUUAAAUAAAUUGAUUUACAGUCGAAAAAAUAAGCAUAAAUAGAUAAAUGAAUCAAUGAAUAAAAACUGGUUCCCUCAAGAACUCGUCCUGUGAAAAAACACCGAUCCAAAGGAAUGAUAAGAAAAUGCCCGUCCCCAACGCGUACUCCCUCUGCGUAUAGGUUAAAAAUUAUCUCAGUAUUUUAAAUUAUAAUUUCCCCUGAUCCUCCUAUCUCCUAAGUAGCUUUCGAAACUUGGGUCACGUCACCUUAAUUAAUGUAUCUUUUCUAUGCUAUUUAUUUUCUUUAUGCUCCAAGCUUGUACAUUUCAUCAAACUUAGUUGUCAUUCUAGGGUAACUAACUUUAACUUUCGUGAAUGCUUUGUAUUUUUUUUGUUGUAAAUCAUUUUUAGUCCUCUGUUUUCUAUUAAUUCCUCUUUUAAAAAAAAAACUAUCUUUUGUAUUUGCUAUAGACUUUACUGUGUAAGGCCAUGCGUUCAUGUGUAAAUUCUUACAAUUACAGACGAGAUGUUUUUUUGGUCAGCUGUAAUACUUCUCGAGGAAAGUUGUCUUAAUUUUUAUGUUCUUAGUUGCACCCAGGUAUAAAAUAAACCUUUACAUGCUCUGGCACAUUACCUGAAGAAUAAACCAUUUUUAAAAUUGCCCAUCAGAGUAAUUUUAAGAAACAAUACGUAAGAUAUUUUGAUAGAUCGUGCACUCCAAAUUUUCUCUCUCGCAGCGUGU